AUGGAGCCACAGAAUGCUGAAGUCAGAAUUCAGGCAAGGUGCACUUGGGCCACACAGAAGCAUCUGAUAAGACAAAGUGAAGGAGAGAUGGGGGCCCUGGCCUUGCUGGACAGUGUGCUGUUUGGAGAUGCAAACAUCAUCUGUCAUGCCAUCUUACCAGUGCUUGGAAGGGCAUUUGCUGGUGAUGUAGCCCUGAAGUUUUUAGGAAUAGCAUUCCUUGGAAUUGGACUGUGGGCCUGGAAUGAAAAAGGAGUUCUGUCCAACAUCUCCUCGAUCACCGACCUCGGCGGCUUUGACCCAGUGUGGCUCUUCCUAGUGGUGGGAGGAGUGAUGUUCAUCUUGGGGUUUGCAGGGUGCAUUGGGGCACUGCGGGAGAACACCUUUCUCCUGAAGUUUUUUUCUGUGUUCCUGGGAAUUAUUUUCUUCCUGGAGCUCACUGCUGGGGUUUUGGCAUUUGUUUUCAAAGACUGGAUCAAAGACCAGCUGUAUUUCUUUAUAAACAACAACAUCAGAGCAUACAGGGAUGAUAUUGAUUUGCAAAACCUCAUAGACUUCACCCAGGAAUAUUGGCAGUGCUGUGGGGCUUUUGGAGCUGAUGAUUGGAACCUAAAUAUUUACUUCAAUUGCACAGAUUCCAAUGCAAGUCGAGAGCGAUGUGGUGUACCGUUCUCCUGCUGCACUAAAGACCCAGCGGAAGAUGUCAUCAACACUCAAUGUGGCUAUGACGCCAGGCAGAAACCAGAAGUCGACCAGCAGAUUGUAAUCUACACGAAAGGCUGUGUGCCCCAGUUUGAGAAGUGGCUCCAGGACAAUUUAACCAUCGUGGCUGGCAUCUUCAUAGGCAUUGCACUGCUGCAGGUUUUCGGGAUAUGCCUGGCCCAGAACUUAGUUAGUGACAUUGAAGCCGUCCGGGCCAGCUGGUAGAGCCCUGCGAGACACUGGACUAACCCAGCCCUGUGAUUCCCAGGCCGCAUGGACCCACACAGCCGCACAGGUGUCCUGCACCCCACCAGACAGAGUUGCCAAAAACUUGCUUCUUGUGGGGCUAAAACUGGGAAAUGCUGCUCGCUGACAGAAUUUUUUUGUUAAAC